AUGGCCAGUAACUUGAUCAUUAGGAAGUUGUUAAGUAACAAGGAGCAAGGUCUCAAGAAUGUUAGUAAUGUCUUUCGUUCAGUGAGUGAAUAUGGCUCAACAUGUCCUUGUCACGGCAUCAGACAAGGUCUGUGCAAGGGUAGUUCAUCACUCAACAAUGUCAACAACAACAACAAGAGUGUAUCAACAACAACAACAACAUCAUCAGUGACUCCCUUGAUAUUCGAUAUGAAGUCAUCGACAUCAUCUUCAUCAUCAUCGAGCAUCAUCACAAAUACAAACAUCAUAAACAACAACAACUACAACAACUUGGGAAGAUACUCAUCAACGGCAACUGUACAACCGGACUAUGACUAUGCAUUCGAAGUGUCUGCUGCAAACAUCAGAUUUGGAAAGGGCGUUACACGUGAGGUUGGCCAAGACCUCAAGGCACUGAACGCCAAGUAUGUCUGUGUGUUCACCGAUCCCAACUUGGUGGCACUGGGCAACAGCUCACCAGUGUGGACAGUGUGCGAGUCGCUCAAGAACAAUGGCAUCAACUUUGUACUCUACGACAAGGUGUGCAUCGAGCCCACCGACCACUCGUUCAAGGAUGCCAUCCAGUUUGUCAAGCAACACGAACGACCAUUCGACGCAUUCGUCGCGGUCGGUGGAGGCAGCACGAUGGACACGGCCAAGGCCGCCAACUUGUACACUACAUACCCAACCGACAACUUCUUGGAGUAUGUCAACGCGCCCAUUGGCCUCGGUCGUCCGAUACCCGGCCCUCUCAAGCCUCUGAUCGCCAUCCCCACCACAGCUGGCACAGGAUCAGAGGCGACCGGCGUGGCCGUGUUCCACCUGGUCGACAUGAAUGCCAAGACGGGCAUCUCCAACAGGAAGCUCAAGCCCACACUGGGCAUUGUCGAUCCGGACAACACAAGAACAAUGCCACGCACUGUGGCCAUCGCCAGUGGCUUUGAUCAGUUGUGCCACGCAUUGGAGUCAUUCACGGCGAUACCAUUCAAUCGUCGCUCGCCACGACCUGCAUCGCCAUCGUUACGACCAUCCUAUCAAGGCUCCAAUCCCGUGGCAGACAUCUGGGCACUUCAAUCACUGGAACUAAUUCACAAAUAUCUACCACUUGCCGUCGAGGAUCCAAGCAACGAUGAAGCACGUGCACAAGUUAUGCUUGGUGCCACCUUUGCCGGUAUUGGCAUUGAGAAUGCCGGUGUACAUUUAUGUCAUGGAAUGUCAUAUGCAGUCUCUGGAAUGGUCAGAGACUACAAACCAGAAGGUUACAACACUGACAAGCCAAUGAUCCCUCACGGAUUGAGUGUUGUUUUACACGCCCCAGCCGUGUUUAACUUCACUGGAAUAUCCAAUCCCCAGAGACAUCUACAUUGCGCCAAGCUGAUGGGUGCAGACAUCACAAAUGUGCGUGAUGAGGAUAGUGGACGUGUGUUGUCUGAUCAGAUCAGAAAGAUAAUGCGUCGUCUGGACGUUCCAGAUGGUCUUACCGCCGUUGGCUACAAUCACAACGACAUACCAGCCCUGGUCACUGGAACACUUCCACAACACAGAGUAACCAAGCUUAGUCCAAGACCAGUUGGUGCCGAAGAGUUGACCAAGCUGUUUGAAGACUCGAUGACCAUCUAUUAA